CAAACGUUACAAGAAGGAACUGAGCACAGAUGAAGGAAUAUGUCUGGUCAUAUCCUCCAAGUUAAGCGCAUUUUGUUAUAGGUCAGCUCCUCCCUCUGCAUACCAUGCGCAUAUUUUUCUGUCGACUCAGCUUUACCACAAAGGUUGUUGUUUCCUUCAUUGUGGUUUUUCUAUUCAUACUUUACAACAUCAAAUACUCUGCAUUUGGACAACCAUCAACCUCACCUGUGGCGGGUGUGGUGAGACUCAGAGGGACCACCGUCCUUCCUCUUGUCCGGUUAUCAGGUCCCAACUGUAGACAUGGUGUUUACACCAAGGAGGAGCUUAAGCCUCACCUUCAGAGGCCUCGCCAAGAUCCCAUGGCACCAGGCGCACAUGGCAAACCCCUUGUAUCACAAAACCUGACCCAUGAAGAGCAGAGAGAGAAAUCCCAAGGAUUUAUUAAAACCCAGUUCAACCAGUUUGCCAGUGAUCGCAUCUCCCUACACCGUGAUCUGGGUCAAGAUACAAGGCACCCUGACUGCUUGGAACAGAAGUUUCUGCGUUGUCCCGGCCUUCCUUCCACAAGUGUGAUCAUAGUGUUCUACAAUGAGGCCUGGUCCACCCUGCUGAGGACGGUCUACAGUGUCUUACACACAGCUCCUGCAGAUCUGCUCAAAGAGAUCUUACUGGUGGAUGACGCCAGCACUGAUGAUCAUCUUCAGACUCGCCUGGAUGAUUAUGUGCAACAGCUGAAGAUAGUGCAUGUUCUGCGACAGGGGGAGAGGAAAGGCUUAACUGCAGCCCGUCUGUUGGGAGCCAAAUCUGCCCAAGGAGAUGUCCUCACUUUCCUGGAUUCCCACUGUGAAUGCUUCCCAGGAUGGCUGGAGCCACUUCUAGCUCGGAUAGCAGAGCAGCCUACUGCUGUGGUGAGCCCACAUAUCACCACUAUUGACUUAUACAACCUUAAAUUCAAUAAGCCUGUCCCAAAAGCUCAUAGAAUACGAGGAAACUUUGACUGGAGGCUUAAGUUUGGAUGGGAGAACAUUCCUAAAGAGGAGAGGAAGCAAAGGAAGAAAGAGACUUAUCCUGUCAGAACUCCUACUUUUGCUGGUGGGCUCUUCUCUGUAUCUAAAUCAUACUUUGAGCAUAUUGGGACUUAUGAUGAUCAGAUGGAGUACUGGGGAGGUGAGAACCUGGAAAUGUCCUUCAGGGUCUGGCAGUGUGGAGGCCAGUUAGAGAUUAUUCCUUGUUCAGUUGUAGGACACAUUUUCCGCCAACACAGCCCCCACACCUACCCCAACAAGAGCACUGUGAUCACCCGCAACCUGGUGCGGCUGGCUGAGGUCUGGAUGGAUGACUACAAAUGGGUGUACUAUCGUAAAAACAAGAAGGCAGAUUUGAUUUUUACUGAGAAAUCUUUUGGCGAUGUUACCGAACGUCAUGAACUCAGAAAGAGAUUAAAGUGCAAGAGCUUCUCUUGGUACCUUAACAACAUUUAUCCAGAGGCCUAUGUCCCUGACAUCUGGCCAGUUAUAGAUGGACAGCUGAAAAACAUCGGAUCGGAUUGCUGGCUGGAUGCAGCAAUUACAAAUGAUAAUUGGAGGCAGGUUCGGAAGUUUGAAUGUAGCAGUGAAGGUGAAGCACAGUAUUUUGAAUACACAUCACAGCAAGAGGUACGGCUCAGCCUUACCAUUGAUUUGUGUCUGCAUGCAACCCCUGGAAGAAAUAUGGCGUCUGUUCAACGCUGCCAACUGAAGGGGAAAGGAACCGAAGUUGCACCUGAGCAAAUGUGGAUCUACACAAAGAAAAAACAACUGAGGAACCCAUCAUCAGGAAAGUGUUUGAGCGUCUCAUACAGAAGAGUGACUGUGACCACCUGCGACCCAGCCAAACUGAACCAAAGAUGGGUUUUCAUCUGACUCAUGUCUUGACUUUUUUAUAUGUGUGCGUGUGAAUUGUGUUUUUCUUUAAAAAUUAGAUUUUUCUAGUGUGUCCCAGCACAAUUUUUACAUGAUGUACAUUCAAAAACUGAAAGGUCGUUGUUAUUGAUCUCUCACUGUACAACACAAAUGAAAGGUAUGAGUUUCAAAGUCCCUCUUCUGUGUAUAAAUGCCAGUUAAAGUCCAUCUGGAGAUAAUAUGAAGCCUCAGCAGUCUGAAAUCACCAAAUUAAGAAGGAUUUUUUUACUCGCAGUCGCAAAAGAGAUUAUUUAAUGUGCAUUAUUUCAUUCCUUUAAUGUGGGCAGCCAACCAACACUCACUGUUUGUUCAUUUUACUGGUUUAAUUGUUUUCUAUUAUUUUAGUGAUUGAUUUAACUAAUUUAUUGUUCAUUCUAACCCUUUCACAGAUUUAUUUAUAACUGCUCUUUUGUUGCCUGUACCUUGUCACCAUUGUAAAUUAGAACAUGAACCUUGUUAAGAAUAAUUCUUAGAAAGGAGCUUCGAGGCUGUUUUACUUUCUUCCAAAGAAGUAAAAACAUGUUUACUUUA